AUGAAGGGCGUUAAGGGCCAGGGCCCGUCGAUGGCUCCCGACGUCGGGGCGUACGCUGCAGGCUUGGCGGUGCCUAGCUCAGGACUCUCUGGCACCGUGAAAUCGUGGAACGGGGCCAAAGGCUUUGGCUUCAUCCAGGGUAGUGCGCUUGGGGCUGACGUCAUGUUUUCCAAGCGAGAGCUGCCGGAUGACGCUCAAGACGUGCAGGGCAAGUUUCUCACAGGGAGAACCGUCUACUUCGACGCGCAAGAGGGUCCGGAUGGCCGACAGAAAGCCACCACCGUGAUGAUCCCUCAUGUCGAGGGCCUUCCUGUGCCCGGCAAGAUCAAGUCCUAUAGCGAAAGGCAUGGUUGGGGUUUUAUCACCUCAAGCGCACUUACGGAUGAUAUCCGCUUUGACAAGAACAGCCUGGCAGCUCUGGAGGGCAUGCCGCCUGAUCCCCGACUUGCCGGCGUCCCGGUUGUCGUGGAGUUUGCUGCCAGACCCGAUGGCAAGCUCAACGCGAAGCGAGUUAUGUUCCAAAGUGGUGAGAUUGCAGAAAGACUGGGUGUCAAGGGUCCUGGCUUCGGAGGGGCGCCCGGCUUCGCGGCGACGCCCAGCUUCCCAGCGACGCCCAGCUUCGCAGCGACACCCAGCUUCGCAGCAACGCCCAGCUUCGCAGCGGCGCCCGGCUUCGCAGCGGCGCCCGGCUUCGGGGCGCCUGUCUUUGCCGCGGCAGGUGGGCCGAUGUCGCCUGCAGCCCUAUCUGCAGCAACAGGGCUCAACUCAAUGGUCGGUGUGGUAAAGCAGUACAGCGAGAAGAACGGCUAUGGCUUCCUCAACGCAGCCGGCUACCCACAAGACAUCAAGUUCAGUCGAACAGAGCUCAGGGGUGCGAGCCCUCUCCCUGGCAGCAUCGCUAGCUUUAGCCCGGUGCAGCUACCGGAUGGCCGGCUGCAGGCUUUGAAUGUGACCCCAGUUCCGUCUGCCAACUCGCAACCGAGCUUUCCGGCCACAAUGUCGGCGACUGGCGGACUGGACAUGUGGCAAGCAGCAGGCCGGCCAGCCAAGAGACUGAAAACUGCGGAGAUGUCGACGGGGCAGUUUACGUCCGGCACCAUCAAGACCUACAACGGUCUGAAGGGUUUUGGAUUCAUCAUCGCCCCAGGUUGCACUGAAGACGUCUUCUUCAUGCGAACAUCUCUUCCAGAAGAGUGCCGAGAGCUGCAGGGUCAGGACCUCCAGGGAAAGAAUGUCAGCUUCGAGCUCGCGAACACACCGGACGGAAAGCUGAGAGUGUGGCGGGACAUGCCUUACGAUGCCAAGAGCGAUAUGUGGUCCUUGGGCUGCGUUCUUUAUGAAAUGGUAGCUCUCCGACCUCCAUUCAGGGCCGAGGAUAUGGAAGGACUGUACCACAAAGUGGUUCGGGGCCAAUAUCCCCGAAUACCGGCCCACUACAGCCAAGACCUUGCAGAUGUCAUUGCGGCACUGCUACAGGUGCACCCGCGCAACCGUCCGAGUGUGGACCAGCUACUUCAGAUGCCUCAAAUGCUUCGGCACUCUGGUGGGUUGCGGGAGGACCAGGGUUUCUGCCUGGAGCUCUCAAACCGGAGUCAUGUGAUUUGGGACCAAGUGGAUGGGUUUGUCGGAGUUAGUGUUUGUUUUUCGUUUUUUGAAGGUGUCUUAGUCCUAAUCCUGGACCCGACACUGGACAUUUUCAGCUUCACUACACUCUGA